CACAUCACAAGGCUGGACGAUGCAUGGAACUGUUCCAAAUUGUUGGUACGAGACUUUUUGAAAAUGGUCACUGGGGACUCAUCUCUGCUCCUUCCUCACAUGCAUUGUUCUCACUUUCACGAUUUAGGAAUAGGCUGGGUACGGAAAUGAAUGAAAUCAUACCAAAUCUCUUUUUGGGGAGUUUGCGGGAUGCUACUGACAUUAAACAGUUGAAAAAACACCAUAUACAAUGUGUCGUUUCUGUACACGAUUUAACGGCACAUCAUCCAGCCCACGAAAACCUCAAGGUGCUCAAGAUUCAAUUGUCAGAUUGCUCAACAGCUAAUAUCUCAUCUCACUUCGCUGCUACAAACCAGUUCAUACAUGAAGCUCGAUUGAAACAGGCCGCUGUACUUGUGCAUUGUUUGGCUGGCGUUUCCCGCAGUGCCACUGUUGUAGCCGCAUAUUUGAUGACACUAUGCGAUAUGUCGUUUUUCAAUGCCAUAAAUUUCAUAUCACGUAAACGGCCAGUCGUUAACCCGAAUUUCGGUUUCCGCAUGCAGCUAUGCAACUUUGCCGACCGAGAGAUGAUGGAUGAACGUCAGCGACUCCGUGAACAUUUUGGACCACACGUAUUCGACGCGCAGUGGGCAUUGGAUAGAGCAGUGACUCGCUCCAAGAUUGACAUGGAAGGUCAAGAAAUGUCUUCCCCAUCAUCGGUAACUGUAUGUACUAAUUCUGAUGUGACAGCUGUGCCUCCAUGCGCAACUUCUCCUACCAGUCCUUUCACCAAAGCUGACUCGACGAUACGGCGGGAUAUGUCGUCAAGUGAUGAUGAACCACUUACUGUUAUAGCAGAAAAAGCUAAGAAAGAACGCAAAAGAAAACCAGCAAAGGAAGACAGAGUCAAGCAUUCUGCGAAAAAGAAGAAAGUCAUAGAAGAUGAAUCAAGCGACGAGCUAAAAUGCAUGUCUCCAAAAGUGCUAAUCGACACCACAUCCGAUGAGGAGGAUGACCACAAAGUGAGAAGGAGGAAGAAGAAGCCUCCAUUAGAAGAUGAAUAUGCUAGUGAUGAGAUUCCGCUAGGAGAUCUAGACGACGAUGAAACAGCAGGAACUUCUGCGAACUCGACGAAAAUCGAGGAGCCGAUUCAGAAGGAUGAGGAAAAGGAUGAGGAAAAGAGCUCCAGUACGGAUAUUGACCGAGUCAUAGAGAAAGCAAACAAGGAGGAGGAGAAUGAGAGUGAAAAGAAGAUAGAUUCAGCAACAGACUCAUCACGAUCAUCACUGGAGAAAAGUGAACAAAAAGGAUCGAGUUCUGCAGAAGCAUCUUCGAAAGAGGGUACGAACUCACCUGAAGCUCAGAGGCGGAAAGCAAAAAAUAGAAAAAAUCAGAAAUCAAAUGCGAGUAAAUCGAAAGAAGCUACGAAGAAACUGCCAAGCAGCUCGGAUUCGGACGACUUGGAUAAUGAAGAAGGAAAAGGAGAUGCGAAAAAGAAAGAAGACAAAUCGAGUGAUUCUGGAGAAGAAAAUGUUAAAAAACCAAGCAGCUCAUCGGAUUCGGAUGAGAAUUUGGCAGCGCUGAGAGAGAAGGAGAGAAUGAGAAGAGAAGAGGCUAAGAAACACAAGGUUUUAUCAAAAUCAGCUAAGAAGAAGCAUGAUAAGGAAGGGUCUGAAAAGUCAUCGGAUGAGGAAGAAGACGAGACGUCAAAGAAGAAAUCGCAGAAGAAAAGAGGGCGACGAAAGGAAAAAGAAGAAGUUCCACAGAGUUCCGCUUCUAUACGGUUAUCCAAAUUGAAGAAAAUGGUGAUUUUGGCUGGGUUCCGAAUUCCGUACAAGAAAUUAUUCGAAGAUGUACCGGACUCCGACAAACAAAGAGUCAAAGCUCUGGAAAAGGAGAUGGAGCGGCGAGGACUCACACCUCCAUUCACCAUGGAGUCCUGUAAGGCUUUCAAGCUGCACAAAGAGCAAGAAAUCGAGCUGGCCGAGCUUUCGAAGAAUAGCAUAAUUGAUUUGGGAGAAGAGACACAUGGAAGAAUUACAAGACGACAGCAUCACGAAGCGUUAGCUCGAAAAAGCCACCGUGAAAUCAUUUUCGAAGAAAGCAGUUCUGAUGAAGACGAAGAAGAAAAAGAGGAAAUAGAGCACAUGAAAGAAGAAACUCAGAAUCUGUUCAAAAAUCUAAGAGGCAUUGUUAGUGAUGAUGCGGAUUCGGACUGACGUCUAGUUGAUCUCGUGACGCUCGCAUGGAUUGCGAUCGUUUUUUUACAUAAGAAAAAUCUUUCCGACUCUGCAUCAAAUCUCUGUGUUGUUCAAAAUUUUCAUGUUUCACUUUGUUUAGGCUCACUUUAGUAUUUGUUUUGUUUUUUUCUGUCUUUUUCUAUGUACUUGUUUGAGAGUUUGUUAAAAUUGACUCGGUCACAAAUUUAAUUUAUCUUGUACCAUUGGCUGCAAGUAAAUAAAAUAAAUUGGUUUA